AUGUUUAGUCUGCCUGAGGUGCGCGGAAAAUACUCCGUCGGCGCGACGACCUUUGCAAUACCCAUCACAGCCUACGGCGAUGCUUCACGAGUUAUAGGUCGCGCAAGGCUCAAGCCGAACAUUAGUGGCGUCCCGGAUACGCCAGCGUUGAAGCUGGAGGAGGUCGUAUUCACUGCCUACUAUCCUGCUGACAUGCAAGCGGUCAAACGCGCACGCAAGGGUGUGUAUUGGGUCCCGAGACCCGUCUCUGAGACAUUGAAGGGAUAUGCACAGUUCGGAGGUAUGAACGCACUGUUGGUCCAUGGGCUCCUUGGAGGAUACGCCCGCGUCCUGAAGAUACCAGUUUAUGCAAACGUUCCACUGCUGGGCACUCAGAGCGGCAAACACCAAUGGCCCUUAGUCAUAUUCUCGCAUGGUCUGGGCGGGACCAGGACCACGUACAGUCAUUUCUGCGCCCGACUCGCCGCUGAGGGUCGUGUGGUUCUCGCCAUAGAGCACCGCGACGGCACAGGGCCUUUCGUAUUCACCCACACACCGAUACCAGGUCUGAAGGAGCAAUUACCAUCCAACUGUAAGCUAUAUAUACAUCCGGAAGAUGUCACCUUUGAUAAGGAACCAACUGAGAAAGAACAGCUUGCCUUCCGCGAGGAACAGCUCCUCUUUCGCAGGAUAGAGCUGUACUUGACUUACACGCUCUUUUCUGGUAUGGUCAGUACACCCUGGGACGAAGAGAACAUGACCCUCGACUGGAUACACACGGUUUCAGGCCCCUGGAACCACAGCUUGGCGGACCGUCCGGAAGACCGUGCGUUCUGGAAAAGCUGGCACAAGACAGGUUCUCAGCCCAGAGUGCAGUACGACUACGAUGUUCUGCUUACCGGGCACUCCUUUGGCGGCGCAACAGUGCUGUCCGUCCUCUCGAACCCCCCGCCAAGCCUAGAAGACCGCGAAUUCUCCGCGAUCCCCGUCCGCCGCGCCGUCGCGCUCGACCCGUGGCUCGAGCCGCUGCCGAGCCCGGGGCCGGCGCCGCACAGCGUCGAGGUGUCACUCAAGGAGCAGCAGCCGUCCGCGGAGCCGCCAGCGCUGCUCGUGCUCAACUCGGAGCAGUUCAGCCUCUGGACAGACCACUUUGCGCGGCUGCGCGACGUCGUACGCGCGUGGGACCGCGUCGCGCGCGAGCGCGCACCCGAGACGCGGUGGUGCGAGCGCCACGCGUGGCUCGUCACGCUCGUCCGCGCGAGGCACACCUCGUUCUCCGACUUCGGGGUCAUCGUGCCAUUUGGGGGCUACGCGAAGGAUGGGCGGCGGUUCUUGGAUAUCGUAUGUGAGCUGACGGAGGCGUUCCUGAAGGGUGAUGACUUGGAGGAUGCGCUGGACAGGCAGAGUCAGGUGGAGUGGAAGGUCGAGACUGUGCAGGGAUCGAAGAAGCGCGGUGAAGAACGACGGUUGGUGGGCGAGGUAGGUGAUGUCGUCGUGAACUAG